AAAAAAAAGGUAGAGAAAAAACUAGCUGCACCCCAUCCCCCAGACAGCGCCGGCUCUCUUCUAGUCUCGUCCGCUCCGACCUCCUCGUCUCCAAUCUCCUCCCAGCCGGUCACCCCCAACGGCUUCUUCCUCUUCAGUUCCUACCCGCUGGGCGUCUCCUCCGCAACUGCUUCGACCCCGCCGGCGGUCGACUAGCCGGGCCUGGGGAUGCCGUUGUGGGGAACAACGGGGAGAUGGGGGGUGGGGGUGUCGUUGGCCGUCGGCAGGUUUGGCGGCCGCCCCACCACACCACAAGGGAAGCGCCGCCCCUGUCCUAGCUUCAAAUCCGACUUAUGUGGGGUUUCUUUGUUUCUUGCUAAGGAAGGCAGACCAUCGAAUAGAGGAGGGGUUGUCUUCGUUUCGAAAAAUGUAGAAGAAGCUUUCUUUCACCCUUCUGACAAGGAUAAAAGGAGAGGCAGAAAUUUGCUUCUGCAAUUCGGUGCACUUCCAUGUUGCACUAUGGCAUGGUUGACUACUGCACAAUCAGCACAGUCUAGUGUAGGAGCAAAGAUAAAUAUGGUUUAUGAGGUCGGAGAGCUGUUUGAACUGGGAAUUCAGCUGUCUUAUCUGCUUAUACUACUUGGUCUGCUUGGAGCUGGUUCAUUUUUCGUUGUUCGUCAGGUUCUCGUUCGCAGGGAGCUUGAUCUUUCUGCUAAAGAAUUGCAAGAACAAGUGAGAAGUGGUGAUGCAAGUGCUACAGAGUAUUUUGAGCUUGGAGCUGUUAUGCUGCGGAGAAAAUUUUACCCAGCCGCUAUCAAAUAUCUACAACAAGCAAUACAGAAAUGGGAUAGAGAUGAGCAAGAUCUUGCGCAGGUGUACAAUGCUCUGGGAGUGAGCUACAAGAGAGAUAACAAACUAGACAAGGCAAUUCAGCAAUUCGAGAAGGCGGUGGAGCUUCAGCCAGGCUAUGUGAUAGCUUGGAACAACUUAGGUGACGUAUAUGAGCAGAAGAAAGACUUGAAGUCAGCCCUCAAGGCCUUUGAGGAGGUCCUUCUCUUUGAUCCGAACAACAAGGUUGCAAGGCCACGCCGGGAUGACCUUAGGCAGCGUGUCGGCAUGUACAAGGGCGUGCCGGUAAAAUCUGAAAAGCGAUAGGUAGCCGUGUCGUACUUUUGUAAAAUCAUGAAUGUGCCCUCGACCAUUUGAGAAAAAAAAUUGUUUUUUGCCAUUGAGUAGCAUCUGUAAACAUGAUGAGAAACGGUAGCAUUGUAAUGAUUCCUGAAAUGGCUGUUGUAAUAUCUUUUGCUUGUAAGAGCAAAAAAUGUAGAAUUUGCUGUGA